CGCACGUUGAGGCGCCACUCCUCGUCGCGCGUGAAAGCGAGGAGAAAAGUUAUAGAAAAUAUUCCUGUAUUCCUCUGUUAACAUGCCUAAAUGUGAAUACAACGUGCAGUGGACUGAGUCAUUUUAAUACAGGAAAACCGUUCUUGUUUCGAUUGUGCAACCGUCGGAAAUUUUCCGAAAUUCCGCUUAAACCUUGAAGUAUCGCAAUCCCGAAUCGAGUACAUACAGUGUCUAAUUUAAAAUGUGUAAAGUGUGAGGUAUCCUGGUGACGGCAUUCCUCCAGGAGUACGCAGAUAAACCACAUUUUGUGUAUUGGCGUUUGGUAGUGUAUUGUGUGACAGAAGACUAAAGAACAAACAAACGGCAGAGUCACAUCAUGGGAUUGUUGAGAGCGGCACUAUUAUUAUUUGUAGCAUUACUUGGAAUUGUGUAUUCUGUCGAAGUCCACUUUGAAACACCAGACAGUGGGUUCUUUUUGAAACACUCGCCUCGUCAGAGUGGCCUGGUACCAGCGAUAGCACCAUCCAACAGCAAAACGCGUUCAGGCAGUAAUGAAUACACGCUUUCGGUAGAUCGAUUUACGGUAGUACAAACCAGCCAACCUGUGUCGAUCCGCGCAAGCUAUGGGCCAUUUUCAACCAAACAAACAGUACCAGCUCGCUACAUUGUGCCUGACGUGCUGGAAACAGCAAAUCCGGAUGCCGGCGUACAGAACACUACUGCCGCCCUAAUAGACUUGCAACAAUCAAAUCUGCAUUUGGACAUUUCGGCACACGUUGUGAAAAGUACUAUAGCACGAGAUUCGCCAGUUUUGCGUGUCCUGUUCCAUGCAGGCGCUGAUCCGGGUGGUCAUUUGCAACGACAGAAAAUAUGUGUUCUUUUGCAUGCCUCCAUGGGAACAAAAACGCCUCUGAAAGGUCGGUGUAUGCCGGAUGGAGAAGAUGGUGUAUGCGUUGCAGAAGUAGUAAUUCCAGCGAAUUGGUGGCCACCGAUGCCACCACCGGAGAGAGAAGAACGCAGGAAUGGGGCCCCACCCAAAACUCCUCAGCGUAUGGUCCAAGUUGCCUAUAGCGUAUUUGAGCCCCCAGCGCGAAGUCCUGAACUUUGCGAGCCAAAGAUCCAGAUACAACCCCUCACUUCCUUCGCAAAAAUUCCAUUGACUCAGUCACAGCUGCCGUAUAAGGAACUGCGGGCCGACGAAACGCUUACAAUGAUGGUUCCUCAACAGCCACUAUAUCCUCUGUCAAAAAUUCAUGUUCCGGUAUUCUUGCACCAAGAGCAAGGCCAAAAUAUUGCCGUAUUCAUUGUGCGGGCACGCGUUAAAGCCGGCAUGCGCAUACUUGGAGCAGUAGCCUCAUCGGAUGAAUGGAAUGUUUCGGUUGAAAAGGAAAAUACUAAGCAUACAGUUGCUCGGGUAACCGCUUUCCGUAAAGAUCAGGAUCCGGACAGUCCGGCAGAUGUGCUACGUUCAGAAGAUCUUUCUACAAAAAAUCGUGUGACGGAGGUGUUUACAUGGCUGCUGGAAGUAGCAAACGAUACUAAAGAACACUGGGACGGUGGGCGAAUAAUUUGGUCAGUAAGCUAUGUGCACGAUGGAGCGAAGAUGAAGGAUGAAUCUGCAGAGCCAGUUGUAACAUCAUCACAUUCGCCUAUACACGAGGAAGCCCGGAAAAAGAUUGUUGCUAAGCUAGAAAUACAGAAAGACGACAUCCAAGCGGUUCUACCCAUUGCAAAGAAUUGGGAAUUGAUGAAUACAGCAGUAUUAACUGGCAGACAAGUAUCGCAGGCUAUGAAGGUUUUUAUUGUAUCGCAAGCGGGAAAAGUAGCAGAUGUUACGUUACAGAGCUCGUGCCAGGCAGAGGACGAGAGCGUCAUGAAGGUAUCAUCGUCUUGCAGUUCGGUAUAUGUAGAUGGAUCGGAAAUUAGAGGAUCUUCCAAUGCGUCGAUACUGGUAAAAUACGGUACGUAUACCGGGCUGGCCCGGUUUACAGUGUGGAUGCCGGAAUUUCCUCUCGAAGUAUCAGUCGCUGACUUCCGCCUAUCGCAAAUUAAAGGUUGGAAAAUUCCCGAAGAACAUAACACCGCUCCCGGGAAAACGAAACGUCGCAAAAAACGAGCUUACGUUGGUAUUUGGGGCCAUAAUGGAGAUGAUUUCGUGAAUGGAGUUUCCUCAGAACGGAAUAUUUGUCGAGCCAGGUAUCAGCAAAGCCCUGUAGAGGUUUACGCGAGAUUUUUGGCUGUAGACCAAGAUUCCGGUCGAGUGAGCUAUUUGAUAUCGCGACGCACUGGCUUACAAGUGACGGAUCUGGUACAGCCAUUGCUUCGAGUGGCCGAUCCAAAAAUCGCCACACUUCGCGGACGUACUCUUCAAGGAAGGGCAAUGGGUCGUACAGACGUGCAGGUUCUUUCGCCAAUCAACGGAAGGGUAAUUGGAGCAAGGGAGGUCCGCGUUGGUAGCGACAAAGUUACCAUAACACGUUUGAUAGUUAAAGUUGUUUCCGGUCUGCAACUAGCGAUUUCCAACGAUGGUUCCAUCGAAAAUGGAUACAUCGCAGAAACGUCUGUGACUCGCAAAUUAACGGCACAAUAUCAGGAAGGUUUGCUGGAUAUCGAUUUAGAGUUUUCAGAUGGAUCACGCACACCGCUCAGGGAUAUUUCUGUGGAUGAUUAUUUCCUGCUAGUUGAAAGCUUAGAUACAGAGGUCGUCGCUUUUGCCCCUAUGCUAGCCUCCCAUCAUCCACGUGUAAUCGCCGUAGGAGAAGGAAACGGAGAACUUCUUCGAGUGACUUUGCUUCUAUCGGAAGAGUGUCGCUUACGACGGAAUAUGCCGGUUUCCAAACAGGGUAUUAAAGGCUCGAUUGGACCGCUAGUGACCUCGCUAGCUUCAGUGCAAGUCGAUUUUAGUGUCACAGAUGCGAGUACGAGGCCAGAUACCGUACAAAACGACGGCAUUGCUGGUCGAGAACGCAAUAAGUCAGGCCGAGAGAUGAGCGAUCUGGAAGACAUUCUGAUUGGUAUACCGUUGAAAGACGAUAAAGGUCAUGAGAUGGCAACCGCAGUGCAACCGUCUAGGCUACACCAUCGCGGAAGUGGCAUUAUACCCGGUAGUAAUGAACCAUUCAUUGGGUUUACGUCAAACAAAAGUAUGGUUCAUGCAGAUGCUACGACUUUAGAAAUCGGAAUGUACAUUGUGUUGACAGCUUUCUGUUUGGCAAUUGCUGUAUUUGUGGUCUCAUGUAUCGUUUAUGCUUCGAGAUAUAGACCGAUUACCAUCGACAUCAAUGGUGACGCCAGCGUACGCGAUGGUACAGGAAACGCGAGUGUAUUUGAUGUUGGAAAAGGUAACGAAUCUUGUGCUACAAAUGCGCACGAUUGGGUAUGGUUAGGUCGAGCCACGAUGGACCGUUCAAAUGUAGAAAAUGCGUCCGAAUCCAGUGUUAACAGAGAAUCACGCAUGCACAUAAUAAGCAAUCCGAUGAAUAACAAAUACGGCGACGCGGAUGAAAGCAUAAUACAAAUCAACAGCUUUGAUAAUCCCAAUCAUAUUCAGCUCCCACCCAGUGUAUGUAUCCCGUUACGAAAUAGUCGAGGGGGAAUUCACGCUCUUGGUAACAACGAUCCACCCAUGACGGUGAAUUCGUAUACAUAUAACAAUCGGGAUCGUCGCCAUCGUCCCAUGAUGGAAGACGCAGUACCACUUCCAACUCAUAGCGUAACCACUACUGUGGUCGAUCGUAUAGAAUAUCGUCCACCAGUUCCUCCACAUCGCCAUACAGGAGUUACGGCUCAUGCGUCUAGCACGCCAUCGUCAGUUGACGCCGUAGUACAAUUAAAAGCCCCCAAGCGGAACCACCAACGUCUUUUGCGAAAUAGUGCAUCCGGCAUGGCUAGUCGUAGCUGUUCUGCCACAAAUCCUGCAUUUCAUUUACAGUUGCAAAAAUCAGUCCCUGUGCAACAGAAAAACUUAACUCAAACGCAGCACUACAUAGAUGCGGCACUUUUCUGCAAUGCUAUACAGCGUCCGCAGUAUGCUGAGGGAAACACACAUCCAGUAGCAGCAUUACGACCGGCUAAUAGGUCGCCCCAUUCGUUUGAAAAUAAGGGCUUCUCCGUUGUACCUACUACUGUGGAAGAUCAUCUGACGAACAGAACCCAUGAAGACCACAGGCAAUCUAAAGAUCUUCACAUGGCAGAACGUAUAGUAGAACAGAAAAAUGCGCAACAGACAGCAUUUAAAUUUGAUACUAUUAAUCAUCAACAUAAUCAUCUAUAUCACCAUAUACUUCAACAAAAGCAGCAAGCGGGGUUAAAUGGAUGUCGCCGUGAGUUAUGUCCUGUGCAGGAAGGUACGGCGGAUAUCGCAGAAAGUGUCGGUAUUGCAAAAGGGGGUGAACCUUACACGGGCAAUAGCCAACAAUCGCUGGAAAAAUCCGAUGAAGAAGAAGCCUCGCCGCAAAGCAGUAAGGGUGUAUUAGCAGAGCCUGGAAGCUCCUCGGAUGAUAAUGGUGGUUUUGUAACUCCAUUGGAUGAUGAAUGUUGCAGAAAUAAUUCGAAUCUUAAGCAUGUUCAAGUGAUACCUCCGUCAACAUCUCAGGAAAUGCUAUCGAAAAAGAUGAACAAGAAAGCAACGCUAGUCGGAAAUCCAAUGUUUUCAAACACACCUGACAGUGAGCUAGGCCCUGGAGAAAGUCUAGGUUUGGAUGACCUGGACAUGGAUUAUGAACAAAUUAUGCAUUAUUUCGAUAACUUGAAGGAAUCGAAUGCCUGAGUGCAGGAGAUCAUUGCAAAGAUUCGCGAAAUAUUGUCAACGUUUCAUCAGCAAUAUCGAAACGUAGCCAAAACUCCAGUUCCCAUAAGCCCAUCAUUUAUUCCUGGUAUAAAAGAUCCUAACUUUGAACAAUUCUUUGAGCAUUUGAGUGAGUCGUACGCGUAGGCAAAAUGCGUUUUAAGGAUUAACUCGCACCAUUGGCUUGUAUUGCAUAGUAUAAUUCCAUCUUAAGCAUCAUCUUCAUAAAACACCAACCGGUGUUACAAAACGUCCGUACAAAGUGACCACAAUGAGUGGAAGUGCAUCGUGCUUAGAAACAUGAAAAGGUAUAUAAAAAGGGUGCCAUUUCGCCUAGUAUAGCGUAGCAAAUAAAGUCCAAACAAUGAACCAGUGCCCACCCAUGCAUGCAAACAUGGACAUCAUAAUUGCACCAUAAAUGUAACAAACUCUGGAAUCUUGUUAGAUAGGAGAUUAUUUUUUUCACAAUUCUCCAUGUUUCAUUAUGAUCUCAACUUUGUUUUAAUUGUUAAAAGUAUGAAUAACGCACUACACUGAGAGGUCUGAGAAUGGUGUGCACAUACACCAAUACGAACACGAUCAACAAGCGAUUGGGCAAUCCCCUACCGUGGGUUCGAUUUCCGACCAAUCCCCUUCUCCAGUACAGUAGGACUGACUUUCCAUGUACGAGUAGUGCCCUUACAUAUUAACAUGGCUUUACCAAGCCUGGUCGCCAUUGUUCAAAUUUGGACUUAUGCAUUACACCAAUUUUAGCUUCUUACGCUUGUGCAUUCUAGCUGUGAGACAUAAGUUUCUGAGGAUCAUUCGUGACUGCUGAUAUAUUCGCGUUAUCCUAUUGUUUUUAUUUAAAGUAAGGAUCUUUAAUAGUGCGACUUUGCAGUGAUCGUGAAGAUGAAUAUAAACAUAUAUUAUAAAAGCGAAUAAGAUGAAUAUUGUCGUCGAAAGGCCAAUGCAAACUGUUACUACACUAUGCAUACAUUGCUACAUUUAAAAAUCAAUGCAAGACAUAACAAAAGAACUAUGGUAUUAGAUGAGCAUGAGCUAAACAGCCGUGUACCAUUUAUUACGUAUACAAUAUAAUGUAUUGUAUGUGCAAAAAUUAAACUCAAGGAUAAAAUCUUGAGUUUUGUAUGUAUUACUCAACUACUGUACAAAAUUUACCGCAGAGUAUCUAUAAUUGCUUAUAUGGUCGUCUCUAGAAACUGGAAACUAUACAGUUGAAUGUAAAUCACGUACUUUUUCAAAAUUGAUUUCAUUAUUCAAGCAUAAUGGAAUAGAUCGCAUUAGUUAACGUUUGCCAUCCGUAUCAUUAUGUUGACAGUUUUGUAUGGGUUUCGUGUAGCUUUACGAAGAAUUAUUUAUUCUGUUAAUACUUUUAUCAAAUAAGUCCAUACUUUUCAGUCACGGAAUCGUUUGGUGGGAUAGUUGAUUGUUAUAUUUUUAUUUAUAUUGGAAACUGAUUUAAAAGUCGACAUCCAUAAUCUCACUCGUAAUUUAACAAACACACGCUCUAGUCAACGAUUGUCUGUUUAAUAAUAAUGGAGUACAUAAUUUUGGAUACACGAAACAUAUAUGAGUAAAAUCGUAAAAUAAUGUUAGGGAAAUUUUUCUAGCAUGAAUCGAUGAAUUGUCUAAACACUUUGAGGAUAGAAGAAAACAUAAUGUUUACCCUGCUUUUGCUUCCAUUUACAACUUGUGAACAUUUACACUAAAAAAUUCAACCACACUAUGUACAAUUAUUUCCAUUGUAGAAACCCUAGUUUACUUUUUAUUCUUUUUUUUAUUAUGUACUGAUGAUAAGUCGUCAAAAAAGUCUGUUGACAACAAUCACGGACUAUUAGAGGAGAUGCAUGAUGUUUUUAUGAUUUGCAACCCAAACAUGUAUAAUAAAAUUCAAAAAAAAUA